ACAGCGCUAAUUAAAGCUCUUUAAAGCAGCAAGUAAACGUAAACUGCGGUCACUCGUAGCAUACUAGUGGUUAGUACUUGAAGCUCUUGUAAAGACAUGAGGACAAGCUUUUUGUUGGGUUCUGUGCAAAACAGAACGAAUAAUCAUUUUAAAGAAGCGAGGAACAAAAUGUUGGAGCCUUCAACGGUGAAUCAAGCAAAAACUGUUAAUCACAAAAUAUCCAGUUCCUCGAAAAAGCUGUCGAGAGUGAACAGUUUUGCAAAAGAAGAGGACAUGGAAAGGAUUUUGGAGGAGGUUGAGACUGGCAAUUUGUACAGCCCCUCGUCUAAAAACGCCAAGAAACGUCCGUCUGUUGUAGACGAAGAUUCGCAGCGUCCAGACGAGGAACUCGAACAGUUUUUUCUGGAUGUGGAGAAGAGAAAUGCAGAGCUACAAGAAUUGCUUCAACUUGUUGAAACCACAAGACAAGAAAACGAAGGGCAGAUUUCAAGAGAAGCUUCCGCAGGUGUGAGGGGAAGUACGGACUCCCUGGUUGAAAAACUCAUGCGUGAUUUAGAGAAUGUGGGCUGGGAGAAGAGUAAUUUUAACAGCGGAACCGUAGAGAGACCGAAAAGCUCGAGCGAAGCGUGUGAUGGAACAAAUUGCGCAAAACUCCGAGCCAGCGCAUCGGAAGAAGAACUCGAUGAGAUGCUAGCAGUGCUCUUGGAAUUGUAAUAAGGAAAUAAAGACCUAAAAAAGGUUAUUGAUUAAAGUUCGCAAAUUUAA